AUGCUAACACAAUGGUUUGUGUCUCCGGCAGGGUCUCUGAUGCCAGAGAUGUCUCAACUGAAGAGUCAGACAAAGUGUGUGCACGAGCGGGAUGGGCUCGUUGGUCUGCCUCCCGGUGAUCAUCCUAGGAGAAGGACAUUCCAAACCCGGGCAGAUGAAGCUCAUUUAAUCUUGUAA